CUACCUGCACUAUAUAAGGAGAAGCUAAGAAAAUUUUCGUCAUUUGCAGAGCUACGUUAAACGGACCAGGAACGUUUGGAAAAGAUCGUGAAUUUCACUUAUAAUAGGAUCUAUUAGGACGAAUGCUCUCGUUAAAUAAAUUUAUUGAUUUACAUAAAAUAUGAUCUAAUAAAACAAUGAAAAUGUUUCGUGUUUUAAUAAUAUCUACAUUGAUCUGCUUGGGAUUGGCAAAUUCGAUUGUGGAACGUAACAGUAGUUUUCAAUCAACUCAAGAAUCAGGACAGCAAUCUCAACAAUUGACGGUCGCUCAAAAUCAAAACAAUAAUCAAUUGCAAAUGAAUUCAUAUUUGCAAGAAAGUCUAUUACCACCGAGGCAAUAUUUAUAUCCAAGUUUUCCAGAUUAUUCAAAUAAUAGAGGAGAUCAAAUACAAUCGAGAGUAGAUGAACACCAAUCUCCUAUAUCAUCCCAAGAAAACCAUGAUUGGCCAUUUGUAUUCUCACAAGGCUUGAUUCCUUUAGCUACUAGCCUUAUGUUGUAUGGAUCUCAAUUUUGGUCUGUUUUUGCAUAUUUCGCGCUUGGUCUCGUUGUCGUUAGUGUCAUUAUUACUUUAAUAUGUACUUUUACUAAUAUCUGUCUCAUUAAUUUAUCAGAUUUUCCUCUGUACAAUACUCGGGUAAAAGAACAAGUUACGGAUUUGGCACGAACCUACAUUACACCCGAAAGUUUAAAUGCAGCUACUGUGUAUAUUUUGGACGCUUAUAACAAGUACCACGCUUUGCAACGAAAGAAACGCGACCAAUGAAAAGAAGAAAUAACAAAAUAAUAAUAAAAACUAAUACAAUUAGUUAAAUUAAUUGUAUUAUUAUGUGUUAUUGUAGUAGUCAUCAGAUUAUCUAAUUUAUAUAUCUUACGACAAAAAUCUAAUUGCAAUAAUAGUCAUAGCGAAUAAAAGGAUAUCGUCGUAUCAUUUUCCCAUCAAGUUUCUUUC